CCACAGAGGGAAACCGCCGUCUGGGCCACAUCAAGGCGAGGAGGAAGUAGGAGGCGGCGAACACUUGUUUCUCCUCGUGGCUGCUGCGAAGGGAGGAUCAGCUUCUGCAGCAGGCACCCUGCAGCUGCCCUGGGCUGGGAGGGCAUGGAGACUCUGUGGCUGUUGGUCCUGCUGUCCGUCACAGAGCUGUCCUGUGCCUACAACACCACCGUGUUCCAGGGCGUGGCGGGCCAGUCCCUGCGCGUGUCCUGCCCCUACGACUCCGUGACGCACUGGGGGAGGCGCAAGGCCUGGUGCCGCCAGCUGGGCGAGGAGGGCCCGUGCCAGCGGGUGGUCAGCACGCACAGCUGGUGGCUGCUGUCCUUCCUGAAGAGGCGGAAUGGCAGCACAGCCAUCACCGACGACGCCCUGGGCGGCACCCUCACCGUCACGCUGCGCGACCUGCAAGCCCACGACGCCGGUGUCUACCAGUGCCAGAGUCUCCAAGGCAAAGAGGCCAGCACCCUCCAGAAGAUCCUGGUGGAGGUGCUCGUGGGUGAGUGGGUGGCUGACCACACCUCUGGCCUGCUCCUUGUGCCUGCACGAGACCGCCCUCUGGGCUCUAAGGGAUCCCGGGAAAAGCUGCAGCGUGGGUCUCAUCGCCCCCACCCACGGCCGCCGAGCAUGGUUGUGUGGGUUGCUCACUGCCCAAGGAAGCCAAAAUCCAGUCCCAACUCCUUUUGCCUGGCUGUGCUCCCUGGCUCAGGGCGACGUCGCCUGCAGGAAGGGCAACUUUGUCUCAUUUGCUUUGAGGCACUGUCAGAGCCUUGGCCCCACUUCUUCAAACAGUGUCAUCACUUUGCUUGUACAGGGGACUUCAAAACAUUGUGGAAACCUGAAUGAAAAGAUACGUGUAUAUGAGAGCACACAUUUUUGAACUCCAUGCAUAGUUUUUUUUUCUCAUAAUACGCACAUUUCAUGAACUUUGGUUCAUAU